UUGCAUGAGCUUUAACUUUGUUGACUAACUUUAUGACUGUUUCCAUCACAUCGUUCAUAUUUACAAUCAUUCCACAAACUGACUUACUAGUGCCUUACGAUAUGGUUUUGAACAGCAGUAGUCAGGAGGAAAUGAGCAAGAAUUUGGUGCAGUAUAUAAUAAUGCGGGGGGACCUAGCAAAGUCUUCCAAAUGGAAUGCUGGAGCACUUGUUGCACAAGCGUGUCAUGGUGUCUCAGCCGUUUUGCAUUUGUAUUACAAUGAUGAGAAUGUGCAGGAGUAUCUGUGUGAUGUUGACAGAAUGCAUAAAGUUGUCUUGGAGAUUAGUGACCUCAACAGCCUUAUGGAGCUUGAGACAAAACUGAAAAACAAAGGGAUUCAUCACAAGACAUGGAUAGAACAGCCAGAAAAUGAAGCUACAUGUCUUGUUGUCAAGCCUUACCCAAAAGACGACGUAGCAGAAUUUUUUAAGGAUUUGAAACUGUUUAAUAAAAAGUUAUGAACAUGGACAACCAUCAGCUGUAUAAUGGAAUGAUGACAAUGAAAAUUUGUGCCAUACCAAGACUUGAACAUGGAUUUCCCGCUUAUUGCAAGUGAUUGUCAUACCAUUUGGCUAUCUGCGCACGACUCACAGCCAGACCCAAACUUCCAUAUGUUGUCAGCCGGAGACAUUUUACUUUAAAGGUGGGUAAAUACGAUAUUGCAGUGCCUGUAAUAUUCGAAAGCAUGAUGCAAUGUUCCUUUGAGUCCCAGUCCGGCCAAAUUCUCAGAAGCAACAUUCCGUUAUAUAGCUGAUGGUUGUCAGAAUUCGCAACUGCAAUUACAUUUCCUAUAUUUCAUAAUGGAUGUAGUUGCUGCAGUGCCUGUUCCUUCGGAAUUCAUGCAUGAUGAACAUUGCAUCGUAAUCUGGAAUGACACAGGCACUGCAGUAUUGUGUCACCUACCUUUUGUUUUCAAGAUAAGAUUGAAGAGUUGCCAGAACAAUAUGUCCAGUACCAUAAUCCUUUAGCUUACUAAACAGUACUUGUAUGAUUUACAGUCAAAUGCUUUGCUGAGCUCAUAGUGUGUCACUGUCCCUCUUUCUCUGUCUUCAAACCCCUGCCUCAUUUUUGUAAUUAAGUCCAAUGCUGCUGUAACCGUCAACUUUCCUUUGCAAAAACUGUUCUGCAUGUCCCGGAAGAGUUCACUGUCUUCAAAGUAGCCUAUUACCUGGUAUUUCAUUACAGACUCUAUAACUUUAGCUAAAACAGGAAUUAUGAAACUGGGCCAAAAACUGGACACUUCACAUGGUCACCUAUUUAGAGACACUGUAACAAUUUCUUAUUCUGAUGACUUCCAUUAUUGCAAAUGUGGUUUCAUCUACUAUUGAAUUACAAAGAAAAUUAGUUGAAACUCAGACGUUAUUUCUUCACAUACAUCUACUCUCUCACAUACAAACACUUCAGACUAUGCAUUUGUUACUAAUACUGUAUACAACAAUUCAGCUCUGUAAGAAGAUUGUCUCUUGUUUUGACUGUCCAAAGGGACUUGCAUACUGCUAAUUGUUUGUUGAGCUUGUUAUUAAGCAUUGUUGGUGUCAGCGAUAUUAAAUGGUGACAUGAAAUUUGGAUUUAAUGUUAAAAAAUUAACAUUCAGAAAAUGAAACAUAGAAAUUAUGUUAAUCAGUCAUUGGCUAUUACCUAAUCACACCUAAUUAAUUAUUUGAGCAGUGAACAAGUAAUUACUGAGUGAGUGACAUAGUAAUAGCUAUUCAAGUAGUAAAGGUCAUAAUGGUAUGUGUGAGUAAUUGAACACUAACUACACAAAUAUGUCGUGUAGAAAAAUUCACCAUGUACUUAGAUACCACCGUAAGAGAUACAAGAAAGAUAUAUUACUAUAGUGAAGCAAAAUUCUAAAUCACCUGACAAAAAUAAUCUUAACUGCAAUAAGACAACAAUUGAUUUUGUAUCCAAAAAUAAGUGACUGCACAGACACAAAAAAUUAUGGUACAUGUUAUAUCAUAGCUUGACCCACAGUGCAAGAAGAAUAACAGAAGUAUGUCCGUAAAACAAGAUAAGUUACGUAAAAAUAAUAAAAAGCAUACACAAAACCUGCAUAUUACAAGUGAAAUAGCACAAGAGAGCAAAUAAACAGUAUAUUGGCAACCCACUAUAGUGUAAUGUUAUGUAAAUGGAGAAUUUCUUUGUUUGUGUUGAAAUAACUCAUUAAAGUGCAAAGUUGACCAAAUGUUAGUCUUGAAAAUGAGCUUGAAAUAAGAAAUACAAAUAUUUAUACAAAUGAUACUAGGUACAUGUAAAGCAACUCAGGUAUGUUCAUGCCUACAGUUAAACAGACAACUAAAAGUAAUGUAAAGGUUGAGACACAGCGAAACUGACUUGUGUUUAUUGGUAAUGCACUUUUACUUGGCCCCUUGUCAUUGGUGGAAGUCAGGUCACUUCGUGCUGCUCCGGAAUGUUUACAGUCACAGCCAAAAUGUGCUAUAUAAGAGCAUUGUGCACUAUAACAAUAAGCAGUCAUUGUGAAUAUAGUGUUGAUCUGUGUGUUGUGUUGUGCAUAGUGAUUGUUAAUGCUAUUUACAAAAAUGAGUGAAGGGGCUGUACCUGGUCGGUGUUGCAACUCGCCAUCAACUUUUGUGUCACUUCUGUGUCGAAUUAAGCUAUUAGACAUGCAUUCCAUCUAUAAGCUGCAGGAUGCAUACACGGAUAGGAGGAGGCAAAGUCCAUCUCAGCAGGUAAUGUGCUACGAGUCGAUCGCAAGCUUCCACUCCCCUGCCCAGGGGCCAAAUAAAAGUAUGUUAUCAGUAAUAAACAAGUGUCACCAUCAUAAAAAUAACAGAAAUAUAAGUUUUCAUGGUGAGUAGACAGAGUAUUUUCUAAUUAUAUACCUAAGAACAAUGGAUAUAUUUAUAAGAAGUGG